AUGCUCUCCGCUCAGCCACGCCUCGAGGCGCAGGGCGCGCGCGACGUUGCGCUAGCCGCCGAGCAGCAGUCGCUAUUCGCUGACGUGAUGGCGCGAGUCGCGAGUGUCACCACCGACUUUAUCUCGCCGCGUCUGCUGGCGCACGCCGAUGCGCCGUCGCUCUGGCGGCUGUGGAUCCACACGUCGGCGUCGGAGUCCGCGCACCUCGAUGCGCUCCGCGACGGCUCAGCCGCGCUGGUGGCGUGCGGCGACCUGUCGACCUCGCAGCGCGUCGCGUUCCUGCUGCCGAUCCACGGCUUCGAUGGCCGUCCCGCGCUGCUCGUGGAGUGGGAGGGGACGCCUCCGGCGUCUCCGGACGCCGCCGCCACCGCCAGCGAGUUCGACGCGCUCACGGCGCGGCUGCGCGCCGCUGUUGGACACUCUGGCCUGCUCGAGCUGCACGCGGCGGCGCUGCACCCCCCGGCUGCGCAGGGGCUCCGCCGCGGCGCCUGGCGCAAGUCGGCGGGAGGCACGCCCGAGAAGGCGCAGGGCGCGAGGCUCGGCGGCGGGGCGAUGGGCGAGGCGAUCGCUUCGGCGCUGCACCGGCGGCGGGCGGCCGUUGUGGAGGAGGGCGAUGAGGGCGAGUGGAGCGAGUAGGGUCGAGCUGCUUGGCCGAGCGGCAGGCGAGGAGGAGAGGCGAGCCCCCCUCGCACCGAAAGUUGCCUCGCAACACCUUUCGUUCGAUUUCGUGAAGACGUGCAGUGCACGCAUCCGGCGACAAGUAAGAUCUAGGACCGUAGCCAACUCGUCGAGUUC